UCCCCUGCCAAGAUGGCGGCGUUCCCUCAGCGCAAGGCCCAGUGCCUGGGGCGGACGGACGCCAGCAGGAAAGGCGGCCUGGACGAAAGGGCGGCCGGCGUCGUGCAGCUGUUGAACGGGCGGCCCCGGUUCUGCACCACCAGCUCCUGCUCCGGCCGCCUGGUCCUCUUGCAGGCGCCCCCCCCCGCGGAUAUAAACAGCGGGGGGAUCCCGAAGAAAAACUGCACGUGGCUCAUGGUAACGCACGAGUUGUGCACUAAAGGCGAUGUGAUGACAGCACUGGAGAAAGCCACUGGUGAUGUUGUGCUCAAGUUUGAACCAUUUGUUCUUCAUGUGCUCUGUCAAGAGCUGCAAGAUGCACAGCUUCUGCACUCAGUGGCCAUGGACUCUGGCUUCAGGAACUCUGGUAUUUCGGUUGGCAGAGGAGGAAAAAUUAUGAUGGCUGUCCGGAGCACACAUUGCUUAGAGGUUCCAUUGAGCCACAAGGGGAAACUGAUGGUCUCCGAAGAAUAUAUUGAAUUUCUGAUACAUGUAGCUAAUCAGAAAAUGGAAGAAAACAUGAGGAGGAUUGACAGAUUCUACAAACGCUUGGAGGUGGCUUUGGAAACUGCCCUGGGUGCAAACCACCCUCCCCAGGGGACGGGGAAUGGCACCGUGUACCUGCGCAGGAGGAGGAGGAAGAUCCUUCAAGAGCAAGAGGCAGGAGCCUCUCCAAAGGAUGGCAGUGAGGAACUAGAGCUGGAGGAUGGUGCAGAAAGCAGUCUGGAUAUUUUUGCUGAAAUCACCAUAUAGACUAAGCCAUUUGAAAGCAAGUGGCAAACUGAAUACUUGUAAUGCUCUUCAUAAGAGAGGGAAGUACUGCUCUAAGUGGCAACACUGUUGUGGACAUUUACCAGAGGAAAAAAAAAAGAAGUCAAACAGAAUUGUGGGCAGGUUUAAUGCCACAGGAGCACAGAGAAUAAAACCGCAGGAUGUUUGGGGUUUUUUUAACAGCA